AUGUCGCGCUUCGCUCUGUCCGAGUCCGUCUGCUUGAUCAGCCCCAGGCGAACGACCUCUUCUGCUCGUGCAUUUUCGCCUGGAGACCUGUCAAUCAGACAGUCUGCUGAAAUUGUGGCCCCUAUCCAGUCGAGACCAGACAACCGACAGUCGCCGAGCUGGCGAAAAAGCGACUCAUCCAUUGGCCCGACUGCCUCACAGACAGUGGCCGAAUUGACAGACCGGACUUCUGUUGGCAACGGCCUCAAUCCGGCCCGAUUGACGCCCCAUCCCCUCCUCGCCCAACCAAAAGGGCCAGAAAAGGGCGCGACUGCCUAG